ACUAGCUGAGGGGCUCGCUAAACGCUCGCCGAGCUCCAUGCUGUGCAACACCACCUCCUCACUAAUCGUCAGGGGCGCGGAGAGCGCAGUGCACUGCGGUGAGGCUGCGCCGCGGGGGCUCGCCCCCUGCACCGCGCUCAGAGCGGCGUAGGGGAGAGGGCGGUCGGUGGCGGCGGCGGCGAGGCGCGAGGCGGUGGCGGCGGUGGUGCGGGCGGCGGGAUGACAGGGGAGGCGGCGGGAUUGACAGGGGAGGCGGCGGCCACGAGCGGAGCGGCGCGAGAAGGGGGGGGGGGGGAGGGCGGCGGUGACGGAGGCGAGGCGCGAGGCGGCGGCGGCGGCGGCGGCGGCGGCGGCGGCGGCGGCGGGAGGAGGAGCAGCGGCGGCGCUCGCUCGCUGUUGACGGGAGCGCUUUUGAGCCUGGGAGCCCAUGCCACUGCGACCGGCGUGCCCGGGAACGGAGAUCGCGCGCGCGCCGCCACUCACGACGCGCGCGCGAUCUUCGCGGAGUCGGGUCCCCAGAGGGAAGCGGUCUUCUCGGCCGACGUCCAGCGGCGCGCAAGGAAGCAGGCGCAGCGGAGGCGGCCUAGCACCGGCUCGGCGCCGGGCGGUUGCGCUGCCCGCGAGCCGCGUCCUGAGCCUCGGCAGCGCGCUGCGCGGCGCGGCGCUCGCGCUGCUGCGGUGCCGAGAGCGGCAUGAUGGAUCGCCAGCUGAAGCUCGAGACUCCUCGGGUCCGC